AUGAAAAAGAUAACUACUACACACGAAUCUUCUUUGGAUAGUAUAACUCAAAAUUCAGAUGAUGAAUUAGCAUAUCAAAAUAUUAAACCUGAACAAAAUGAAUUAGAUGAUCAAGAUAAAUUGGAUGAAGAAAACAAUUCUAGAGAAGGUACUAAAACUAAUAUAUUAGAUACAAUAACAUGGAAAAGUCGAUUACAAGAGUAG